ACCGAUCUUGGUUCAGUGAAUAUUCAACGGGGAAGAGAUCACGGUUUACCGUCGUAUAAUAAAUGGAGAAUGUUUUGUGGCAUGCCAAAUGCGCAUGACUUCGAGGGAUUGAAAAAUGAAGUGCUGGACAAAAAUAUUCGAGCCGCUUUAGCAAGGAACUUCAAAACACCUGAUGAUGUCGACUUGUAUAUUGGAUCGAUGGUUGAAGAUCCUGUCGUUGGUGGAUUAGUUGGGCAGACAUUAGCAUGUCUCAUUGGUGAUCAAUUUAAACGACUCCGAGAUGGAGAUAGGUUAGCGUAUGUUUAG